AUGGAUGUGGCGUCCAUCAGAGCAUGUGCACAGCAACAGCGGUGGCAGAAUGCCUUGCUGUUGCUCCAUCAGAAUCUCCACAGGAAGGAUCUUCCGAUUGUUAUCCUGCACAAUGCAGCGCUAUCGGCAUGCGAGAAAGCGGGGAAGUGGCAAGCUGCUCUGCAGGUCUUGCAGAACCUACAGCAGCUCGGCCAACCUUCAGUGGUGAGUUUCAAUACGGCCCUCAGUGCAUGUGGAAAAGCCCACUGCUGGGAGCGUGCCUUGGAUCUCUUUGCUGAAAUCUUCGAGCUCAACUUGGAGGGAGAUGUGAUCUCCUGCACUUCCAUCAUCAGUGCGUGCGACAAAUCCACCCAGUGGAUCCGUGCGCUGCAGAUUUUUGGCGACUUGGGGGAUCUGCAGCUAUCGGUGGUGACUUUCAACGCCCUCAUCAGUGCCCUGUCCAAAGGAGCCCAGUGGCCAGCAGCCCUAGGUGUCUUGAGGCAGUUGGAUGAUUGGCAGCUGCAGCCGGACGUGAUCACCUUUAAUUCCCUGAUCAGUGCAGUUGCUUCGGAAUGGCAGUUGGCCAUGGAGUUGGAGAAGAUUUUGGUGGAACAGCAGCUGAAUCCCAAUCUGAUCACUUACAACUCAUUGUUGGAGGCAUGUAGACAAGCAGCAGAAUGGCAGUUCGCACUGAUGCUGCUGAAAGAAAUGAAGAGGAAGUUGGACGUGAGCAUUGUAACCUAUACAACAGCCAUCAGUGCAUGUGCGGCAGCUGUAAAAUGGAAGGAGGCGCUGGAUUUGGUGCAGGAGGUUGGUUCCAAGAAGAUCACUCCAACAGUCUUUCUGUACAAUGCUUCCAUCACUGCCUGUGAUGAGCAUUGGCAAGAGGCACUGGAGUUGUUCUGUACAUUAGAAGGAGUCCUGUUGCAAGCUGACAUCAUCACGUACAACGCCCUGAUGAAUUCCUGCCAGAAAUCCACGCGCUGGGCGGAGGCACUGCAUUGGUUGCAGCGUGCGCAGGACCGGUUUUUAGAACCCAGUGUGGUGUCCUAUACCACGGCCAUCACAGCCCUGCGGCAGAGCAGCCAGUGGCAACUGGCCUUGGAGUUUUUGGAUAAAAAGUGGACGCUUCCGACAUACAACGCCUGCAUCACUGCGGUGGGUGCUGCGUGGCAACAGGCCUUGUGUUUACUGGAAAGUCUGGAAGGGGCGCAGCUUGAACCAGACAUAGUGACCUUCAACGCGCUGCUGACCGCCUGUGAAAAGGCUUUGGAAUGGCAGCAGGCGCUGGCAGUCCUGCAGAGCUUGGUACAACGGCAGCUGAGGCCCGAAGCGAUUUCCAUCAACGCGGCCAUCAGUAGUUGUGAAAAGGCAGAGGAAUGGAGAGCUGCCCUGGCAGUGCUACAGCAGUUGCAGCAGUGGCAGCUGCAGGCCACGUUGAUCACCUUCAGUGCUGCAGUCAGUGCCUGUGAAAAGUCUGCGAAGUGGCAGGAAGCAAUACACCUGCUGGGUGAAGUGGAGCUUCAACGACUGGAAGGAGAUCUGAUCCUCCACAAUGCGGCCAUCAGGGCUUGUGAGCAAGCGACGAAAUGGCAGCAGGCACUGCAUUUAUUGCACCAAGCGGAAGAAAAUCAACUGCGAAGCAAUGAGAUCACCUAUUCUUCAGUCAUCGUUUGCAGCGCCCGUUGUGGUGCCCAGCACGUGGCCGUGGCGCUCUACGGCGCCCAAACGCGCUGCACGCCGCUGGCUCUGCAGGCAGUGCUGAGCUCCGAAGGUCUCAACGCGGCGGCGGAGCUGCUGCAGAUGCAGCAGCGAACGGAGCAGAUGUUGCUGGAGCAAUUUGGGGCCUAAAACAUCCGUUCAAACCAUUUGAAACUUAAUUUAAAACCUUUUUAUCCAACCUUUUGGGUAACCGGGUAACCCAAUGUUGAUGGGAUUUUCCCGAUGUUGCCGAUAAGGAUGGCGAUGGGAUCAUGAUAGGAAUCACAGGUAGGAAAGGACAGGCUUGCGCACAAGAUUCCAACAGGCUUGCAGUGGUCAAGGUUGAUUUCAACUGGGAGUUUGGAUGCUUCCAACAAUUUGCAAUGAAGAGGUCCAACGGCAUUUCACUUGGUAAUUGAGAGGCAAGAAUGCUUCAAGUGAAGUUUUGCUCGUGCAACAAA